AACAACAACAGAAAAGAGACAAGCAGACAGGAAUCAACAGUCGCAUGAUAACGUGUUGUCGGCUUGUAAAAUAAUUAUUUACGACAUCAUUAUCAAUACUUUUUUACUGGUUUUUUGGUUUUUAAUAGGCUACUGAGUCACUAUAUCAACUCAGUACAAUGCUCUAUUCUCUCCAUUGCUGCAAAUUUAAAUUAUCUUACUCAUCUACGUAAAAUGUUGAUUGCUCGACCUUGUUGAUGGUGUUGUAGCUUUUCCUGUCCUGUUUGUUAAACACACAUCCUGCAAUUAUUACAUCAGCGUAUUUUUCUUCAUAUAAAUUACUCAAUGAAGCGUAGCUCAAACGUCAAUCUGUGCGUGUUUAUUCUUAUCGAUUCCACUAGUAAUAAGCAGCAGACGUAGAUUUGGCGUUGACGUUACUAAUUUGUUGCCGGUGUCUCUGAACCAUAAAAUCUGCAAUCUUAUUUUUAUUAAUCUGGUUGACAAACAGCUAAUCAACUCAAUUGUUUGAAGACGUAUCAACAAUCAACACUUUUAGCACAGUUGAAAUUUUGAAGUCUUGAAUUAUGGCUGCUAUUGAUAACCUGACUGCUAUUCUGUACAAGAAGGAAGAUUUACGAUUGGAACAGAAGCCAAUCCCAGAAAUCCAAGAUGAUGAGGUACUCAUCAAGAUGGCUUGCGUUGGAAUCUGUGGCUCAGAUGUGCACUACCUAGUUCACGGACGAAUUGCUGACUAUGUGGUCGAUAGUCCAAUGAUCAUAGGUCAUGAGGCAAGCGGCACUGUUGUUAAAACUGGAAAGGACGUAUCCAAUCUUAAAGAAGGUGAUAGAGUAGCAAUAGAGCCAGGCGUCUCGUGUAGAAAAUGCCGAAUUUGCAAGGAGGGCAGAUACAACUUGUGUGCUGGCAUGCGUUUCUGUGCGACUCCUCCCUACGAUGGCAAUCUGUGUCGUUAUUAUGCGCAUGCGGCUGAUUUUUGCUACAAGAUACCAGAUUCUGUGAGUUUCGAGGAAGCAGCGUUGAUAGAGCCCCUCUCGGUGGGAAUGCAUGCUUGUCGAAGGGGAAAGCUGCAAAUUGGAGAUACUGUUCUGGUGAUAGGUGCUGGACCCAUAGGGCUGGUUACUCUCAUAUGUGCCAAAGCUAUGGGCGCCAGAAGAGUAAUUAUAACAGAUCUGUUGGAUUUCAAACUGGAAGUAGCCAAGGAACUAGGGGCCGACCACACUCUACUCGUGAAACCAAGUGAUGAUGAAAAGGAAGUGACCAAAAAAAUUCAGGAGAUACUUGAAGGCAACCUUCCUGACAUCACUAUUGAUUGCAGUGGAUUCGAGUCAACCAUUAAAUUGGGACUACAGGCCACCAGGAACGGAGGAACUUUGGUGUUAGUAGGAAUGGGCGCACAAGAAGUGAAACUGCCUCUUCUGGCUGCAAUGUGCCGAGAAGUUGAUAUCAAAGGAGUAUUUCGUUAUGCAAAUGACUAUCCGGUUGUUUUAUCAAUGAUAUCUUCAGGCAAAUUGAAUCUGAAGAAGCUGAUAACACACAAAUUCAAUCUUGAGGAAACACUGGAAGCUUUCAAUACAGCCAGGACUGGGAAAGGCAAUCCUAUCAAAGUGAUGAUUUACUGUGAUAAAAAUUUGAAUCGAUGAAUUUUCCAAAACGUAUUAUUCCAUGGUUAGUUUAAUUAUUAAAUAUAAUUUAUUAUUUAGUUCAACUGUAGAUAUUGUUAAUUUCCAGUUACAUUAUGAUUGGAACAGAUACAUGGUUGUAUAGUACAUAAGACUGUAUUAUAGAUAUUAUAUUAUAUAAGUAUACAUUUUAAAUACUGUACUUGUCGCGUUUAAUACUACUACUAGUUUCAGAGAAAAUAUAUUUUUGUUAUGAUGUUUUUAAAUAAAUAUAAAAAAUCAAUUGAAUUGUAUUAUGCUUGAUUUGUUGCAUUUGUCCAUAAAUUAAAAAAAACAUGAAAUAGGCAACCAA